AUGCUGGAGUUACAGAAAUUGGACGGUUGGUCAACCUGCACCAGAGCCUUAAGCAGAGCAGCUUUCUUUGAGGUGGAGAUUCAGGAUGCCAGGACAAGGGGACCGUUGUGUUUCCUGGACAAGGUGGAGCCCUCUGUCUCUGUUGCAGAUAUCAAGAACCUCAUUCACAAGAACUACCCCAGGUGGUACCCAUCCAGACAGGCUCUGAAGCUACAUCCAGAGGGAAAAGCCCUCCAAGAUCAUGAGAUUUUGGAGGAUCUGCCGGUGGGAACAACUGCCACCAUGUUCUUUCAGGAUCUGGGGCCUCAGCUGGGCUGGGCAAUGGUGUUCCUGUCUGAGUGUGUCGGGCCGCUGCUCAUCUAUCUACUCUUCUACUUCCGCCUGCCGUUCAUUUACAGCCGGGAGAACAACUACACCUCCAGUCCACACACAGUGGUGAAUCUAGCUUGUAUAUGCCACUCCUUCCAUUACACCAAGAAGCUGCUGGAGACUAUCUUUCUGCACCAUUUCUCUCAGGGGACCAUGCCCUUGCAAAACAUGACACUGAACUGUUUGUAUUAUUGUGGACUGACAGCGUGGCAGGCCUACUACAUCAACCAUCCUCUCUAUACGGCCCCAUCAUACGGAUACCUGCAGGUGAUAUGUGCUCUGGCUGUGUUUCUGGUCUGUGAGAUUGGAAACUUCUCCACACACCUGGUACUGAACAAGAUCAAAUGUAACAAGUCCAGGCCAACGGAGAUUCCUUACCCCACAGAAAACCCCUUCACUUGGCUUUUCUUCUUUGUGUCGUGCCCAAACUACACUUAUGAGGUGGGCGCAUGUGUCAGUUUUGCAGUCAUGACCCAGUGUUUGCCAGCUGCGUUGGCGUCAUUCUUGGGGUUUGUGCAAAUGAUCAUCUGGGCCAGAGUGAAGCAUAGGACCUACGUCCAGGAGUUCCCAGACUACCCUGAGCUGCGCACGGCCAUCAUUCCCCUGGUGCUCUAAUGGACACUGGCUGCUCUUGGGAAUGGGAU